AUGGGGAUGACCAAAACCAGCACCUUCACGCCCACGCAGCACGUCUCGCUCGUGACGCUGCUCUGCCCCGACUACGCGCCCGCCCUCUCCUUCUACGCCGGCCUGCUCAACUUCACGGUCCAGGAGGACAGCGAGCACGACGACGACCCCUCGAAGCGCUUCAUCGUCGUCACGCCGCCCAAGCUGUGCCAGCUGGCGCCGCAGAUGGGCCUGCUCAUCAAGAAGGCGAGCACCAGGAGCGAGCGCAAGGCCGUGGGGAACCAGGCGGGCGACGGCGUGUUUAUGUUCCUGGAGGUGGACAACUUUGAUGAGGCGUAUGGGAAGAUGAAGGGCAUGGGCAUCGACUUUGAGGGCGAUGAGCCACGGCAGGAGAAGUUUGGAAGGGCCAUAGUGUUUAGUGAUCCGUUUGGGAAUAGGAUCAAUUUGGUGGAUAGGCCGUGUACGAGGAUUGGGAGUCUGUAUGCGCAGGAUUGGGGGGUGUUGUCAUGA